GUCAGCGCCUCCAUCGCCAACAUGGUCCAGACACAGAAGGAAGUAUACCGGAGUAGGAUCGCGACGUUCGAGGCCGAGCUGCGGGCCUACCAGGGCGGCCUGAGGCGCGAGGCGUACUACGUCUACCGCUCGGGGGUCGAGCUGGCCCAGAGCAAGCUCCGGAGUGUCGAGGACGAGCUGGACAGGAAGAGGGCCGAGCUGGAGGACCUGCUGCACAUCGCCACCAACUUCGAGUAUCCCGAGGAGCUCGUCAGGUCGCAGGCGGUGCUCCAGCAGAUGCGAGACGAGGUGGCGAUCGUCAAGGCGCUCUGGGAGUACGAGAUCGGCAGGAUCAAGAUGACGGAAGGCUUCCUGGUGAAGCGCUGGCACGAGGUGAGGGCCGACGAGAUGGAGGACGACAUCAAGGCCAGCCAGAAGAAGCUCCGGGAGACCAAGAUCGACAAGAAGCUCGACGUCUUCCUGGGCAUGCAGAGCGUGGUGAAGGACUGGACCGUCUUCUGCCCCCUGGUCGCGGACCUCACCCACCCUUCCAUGCGCCCGCGGCACUGGGCGGCCCUGAUGGCCAUCUGCGGGAGGACCGUGCAGGUGCACAGCGGCAUGCUGCUGCGGGACGUGUGGAACCUGGAGCUGCACAAGCUCUCCGCGGAGGUGCAGGAUCUCGGGGAGCAGGCGAAGCAGGAGGAGCAGAUGGAGGCGAAACUGUCCAAGUUGGACAAGAUCUGGUCUGGCGUCGAGUUCGAGAUGGAGCCUCACAGGAAUCGGCGGCAGAUGUCGCGCGUCUUGGCCGAGGAGUGCCACCACUGGCUCGGGCGUGCCCGUGCGGCCGUGCGCUCGGCCGGUGCCGCGCAGCCGUGCCCCGGGGCCACGCCCGCCCAGGUGCGCGGGUUGAGGUCGCGACAGCAGUACAGUGACGGCCUGGUAUAG